AUGAAGCUCAAAGACAUCUCCCGUACGGCUACCUUUGCUUGGGAUCUCACCUCCUCAGCCUCGCCCUUGUUAGCUACAGGAGCAGUCGCCGGUGCUCUUGACGAAAGCUUCAGUAAUGAGAGUCAACUGGAAAUAUGGCAGCCUGAUUUCGGCAAUGUUCAGGGGAUCAAGCUGGGAGGUCAAGGAAGCGGUCCUCAAGGCAGCAUCACAGUUGGUAGCCGAUUCAACCGACUAGCAUGGUCCUCAUCUCUGCCACAAUACACCCGAGGAGUUUUGGCUGCUGGAAUGGAAACGGGCGAGGUGAACGUUUACGACCCCCACAAGAUAUUGAACGCUGCCGCAGCGGAGGAGUCCCGAAUCUUCUCCAGUGACAGACAUACAGGGCCCGUGAGAGGCUUAGACUUCAAUCCGAUCCAGAAGAACCUUCUUCUGACUGGAUCAGUCAACGCAGAGCUGUACAUAUACGACCUGAAUAACCCAGGGAGUGCGCCGGUUAUUCCUGGUCCUCCGUCCACAAAGCUCAACGAGAUCACCUCGCUGCAGUGGAACACGACCACUGCGCGUAUUUUUGCUGCAUCUUCUUCCUCAGGUUUCACCUCAGUCUGGGAUGUGAAGGCUGGUAAGGAGAUCGUCAGCUUGCAGUACGGCGGUGGUGCUGCCAAAGGUACAGAAGCUUUUGGUGGGAUGACAGGUCUUCAGUUAGGCAAGAGACGAGGAAUGAGUGAUGCCACUCGACUAAUCACUGCCUCGGAGGACGACGAGUCGCCUAUCAUCAUGUUAUGGGAUCUUAGGAACACUCGAGCACCUGAACGAAUACUGAACGGUCAUCACAAAGGUGUCCUUUCUGUCUCAUGGUGCAAGCAAGAUGCCGAUUUGCUUCUCUCUUGUGGAAAAGAUAAUCGUACUCUCUGCUGGAACCCUCAGACCGGAGAGAUCAUCGGUGAAUUACCCGCCAGCAGUGAUUGGUCGUUCCAAACCGCCUGGUGCCCCCGUAAUCCUGAUCUCCUGGCCACAGCAUCCUUCGAUGGUCACAUCGGUAUACAUUCCCUUCAAACGACCCAAGUUUCCUCACAGCAAUCCCAGGAUUUGAAUGACGCUGUCACGGCGGACGACGUCUUCGGGGCGUUGGGGAAGCAAGAGCGCGAGGAUGAGACUGUCAACGUUUUGUCUCUCAAGCAACCAGCAAAAUGGCUUCGACGUCCCGUCUCUGCUUCUUUCGGCUUCGGCGGUACUCUCGCGAGCACAUCGAACCUUCCCGGGGCAUCUGGGAAGCACCAAAGUGGGGUGGUUCAUUUGCGUACUAUAGUCACAGAGGAGGAGAUCAUCGAUCUCAGUGAUACGCUCAGUCAAAUCACCGGUGACAAGGAGAAGGUAGAAGAGUUCUGCGAGAGACAGGCAAGCCGACCAGGAGCGGCUUUGGCCUGGAAGACGUUACGAACGAUUUUCAAGGCGAAGUCGAGACAAGAAUUACUUGAAUUGUUGGGUUUCUCCAAGGAAGAAGUGGAACGACAAGUUGCGGAGGCGAUGAAGAAGUACGGCGUAGGAAAGCUACCUGCCUUGAAUGGGGAGAUGGAACCGACUAUCUCCAUAUCUCAGCCGGAUCUGGAGUCUGAAAAUGGAGGGGACGAUGACGACACUCCUCCGGCGUCUGCUAAGUCAGAGGCAACCCCUUCGGAACCAUCCGUAGCGUCGCCCACCUCCAAAGGUGCAGAGUCUGUGAAGGACUCGGAAAGUGGACUGUUCCCUGACGAUGCGCCAGGGACACCUGCGGCGGCAGCUGCCGAUUUCUUCUCUUCGAUGUCUUCGAGUGUUCUGCGCAAUCCUCUUCUUGACCACAUCAUCCCUCACAGGCAGCCCGAUGUACCAGAUUCUUCCAUCGCAGCGACGGUCGGGAGUCGGCCGUCUUCGGUCCGUUCAGAAGCCAUUCAAGAGAACACUUUCAGAAUCUACCCAUCAGGGGAGAGUGACAUUGACAGGCUCGUAACUCAAGCCUUGGUCGUUGGCGACUUCCAAUCCGCUGUCGACAUUUGCCUUGCGACCGAACGAUAUGCCGAUGCACUACUGCUGGCUGUCCGUGGUGGUUCCGACCUUCUCGCUUCCACUCAAAAAGCCUAUUUCGCCAAGCGUACCGGCAAGGUCCCAUUCCUUCGUAUCUUCCAAUCUAUCAUCACCGAAGAUCUGAUCGACAUUGUGCAAAAUGCCGACUUGACAGAGUGGAAGGUGGCUUUUGCUGUCAUUGCGACUUUUUCCAAGGACGCGGAGUUUCCUGGUCUGGCAGAACAGCUAGGUCAAAGGUUGCAAUAUAGAUGGCAGAUGCUCGCCGGUUCGGACUCUCCUGAGGCUAAAACGUCCUCCAGGACUGCUAGAGAGGAUGCGACUUUCUGCUACCUCGCCGCACGUCGACUGGAGAAGCUCAUUCCCAUCUGGGUGGACGAACUGCAUGAAGAGGAAGAAGCGUCCGAAAAGACGAAAUAUUCAGCUCAUGCUCAUGCCCUCCAUGGAUUCAUCGAGAAAGUCACGGUCUUUGCCGUUGGAAGUGGCUAUGUGGAUGAAGAUCUUAUGCGACCCACGGAAAAUGUGGAAACUGCAGAGGCUGGUGCUAGGUCGUACAAGCUAUCAGCGCUUUAUGAUCGAUACUACGAAUACGCAGAUCUGCUGGUGAAUCAGGGUCUUGUGGAGCUCGCCGCGAGAUAUGUUCAAAUGACACCACCGGAUUAUAAGGGUACAGGAACUGCGAGUGAGCUGGACAAAGCUCGAGAUAGGAUACUACGUGCUGCAAGCGAAGCACCAUCUGCUUUGACGGCCGCAUCUCAAAUCGUCAAGCCAGUCGUUGCCACUCAGACCGCACCGGUGCCAAGUGUACCAUCAUAUGUUCCUCCCACACCGACUCAAGCUACCUAUUCUACUUCAGCUUACACGGCUCCUCCGGCCCCAACCACAAACUCUUUUCCAGCAACAUCCGCGGCAUAUGCUCCAUCUCAAUCCCUCGGAUAUCAGCCCGCGCCUCAGACAUACGCUCCAGCCGACGCUAGUCCGUAUGCGCCUUCAGGAUACCAACCUUCUUCUUAUGCCAACGGAUAUGAUCCCCAGCCUCAAGGAUAUGGUGUACCCACCGGUGGGAUGUAUAACGCUACUCCUCAACAUUCCAACAACCUUGCCCCUCCUCCUCGCGCCGGUAGCGUUACCGGUCCAACUACUAACCCAUCACCUUCCCCUCUCCCCGCAGCACAGCGAAGAGAUAUGCCAGGAUGGAACGACGCUCCGAGUCUUUCAGGUCCCCCGAAGCGUCCUCAAAGUGCUAUGAAAGAUGCCAGCAAGCCUGCGCCCAUCAUGUCUCCCUUCCCAAUGUCGGAAUCUGCACCCUUGUCAACGCCGUCCGGACCUCCCAUGUCGACUCUCAGUCCCCCUCCUCGAGGUCAACCUGGUGUCUUACCUCCACCACCUAAGGGGGGUCCAAGACCUCCUUCCGCCCAAGCUGUAGCUCAUGCUGCUCAACAACAACGACAACCAUCUGGCCCUCCUCAAAUACGCCCACCGCCACAAGUACGUCCCCCUCCUUCAGGAGUGAGAGCAGGUCCUCCUCCUGGUACUUUAGCUGGUCCACCACCUCAACGGGUAUUAUCGCCAUUAGGACCUCAAGGUCGUAUGGCCAGUCCACUUGCUCAGUCUGUCCGUCCUCCUCCGACGGUGGGACAAAUGUCUGCGGGACCUCCACCAGGUCACGGUCAGAGAAUCGCAGGACCUCCUCCACCUGGUAGAACAUCCUCGGUGGUUUCUGCUAGACCUCCAAGUGUACCACCUGCACCGGCGGCUCCUGUAACCCCGGCGAAACCCACUUAUCCUCCGGGAGAUAGAACUCAUAUUUCUUCCGAAGCCAAACCGAUCUACGAGGUACUUUCAGUUGAGAUGGUUCGGGUCAAAGGGAUGAACGUUCCUCCGCAAGUGAAGAAGAUUGUGGAGGAUACAGAGAGAAGGUUGAAUAUCUUGUUUGACGGGUUGAACAAUGAUACGGUACCUAAAGAGGCGGUUGAGCAGAUGUUACAGAUUUCGAAAGCUAUGAUGGCACGAGAUGCUAAUGGAGCAUUGGCGAUGCAUGUAGAACUCAUGACUAACGCUACCGGUGAUGUGACGGUAUGGGCCACUGGCGUACGUCAAUUGAUCCGUCUCGGUCUCGCGUGA